AGUGCGAUGGAAUUACACUUCAAAUGAAUGUGUGAUAACUUCGAUGGCGUUAAUACAAAAGAAAUGCGGUUGCGACGUGCUGAAUCAAAGUCCGUGGUUGUCAAAAUUUGCAAACAUUUCGCGUAGCUUUGCGUGUCAUUCGCACUAACAGUAACCGAAAUAAACAAAUUUGUGCCGUAAUUGUGUGAUUGGCUCUGUGUGAUGUGGUGUCAUCGUGUGGGAAAGCAUGGUGGCGGGUGCUCUUAGCGCAAGGACACGUAUGGGGGUGGGGGCCAGUACAGGCUUCGAGUUGACAACUGUUUGCAAACCAAUUGUGUCGAUUGUAUGUUGUUUUUAUUUGCCUAGCCCCACUUAUAGGCGCUAAUAGAAUGUACAUAACCCAAGGAUCGCGUGACAUCCGUGCACAAAUGUUGGCAGAGUUGAAAACGAUUUUAUGCUGUGCCAAAUUGAAGUUAAGGGUUAAAAUUAGAACUUGAUUGUUGCUUAACACCGCCAACUUAAUGUUGAGCUGCUUCUUUGCGAAAUAACGUGCAAAACAUUAUUUUUGGAGAAACAUUUCGUGAGAAAGUUCUGCCAUAAUUAAGUUUUCAAAAGAACCCGGCGUUGCUUGUGCAGGGCCUUGUAUUGAUUUAUUGGCUGUGCGUAUCCUCCACUAUUGCUACCCCGUGUUGAAAUUAGUUCUCUUCCUCCCCAAAAAUUUAACAAAUUCGAGCCAAACGCUAUGUUUUCUUAUGAAUGACUCGUCAACAGGAAUAUUUUUCUCCUUUGCUUUCACUUAGAAAAAAAUCUGUCUGAAAAUAGAGCACAAAAGCCAAACUUUUUUUGCUUCGAAGCUGCAGAACUUGGCGGUUUUAAUUAUCGACGUCGUCAGAAUGGGGAAUAGGCUUGGGAAAGCUUACGUUUUUCACUGUAAUUAGUUUCAGAUGAAACCAGGUAAUUCAAGGUCCACCUUUUGAUGUUGUGUAUUCCAGUCAAGUCCGAUCAUUGAGCCAAGUACACUAGCUCCUUUUCACUCGCUGUAUUCAAUUCCUUCAAUAUAAUUUCCAAGUCAGGGCUUGAAUGCUGCUAUGUGUGAGUUUCUCUUAAGGUGGUCGCCUUUUCGUUAAAAUCAAUGUGCCGUACCCCAGAGCCUUUAAUUGCGGGGGCGAUUCAUGUCAGGGGUUCAGGCCAUAAUUCAUGUAAACUAAUUGGAUCAGCAAAAGUGGCUCAACGGUAGGGAGCACUUACGUUGUAGCCCAUUCAGGAGCAUUGUGAAAGCUUUCAUGUGUCAGUAAAUGGCGCAAUUUUUCGGGCAUUUCUUCCUACUUUGUUCAGGGUCCCUUCGGUGCAGAGCACAUGUGUUAGAGAUGUUGUGGUGUGACUGUGUUGUCGGUGUCAAUAGUGUAUCGCAUUGUGGCGCAAGUACGAGGGCGUCGGGCCGGAAGAAUGUUUAUUAAUGGAGUGUAAUAAACACAACAUGAAAACGGUGUCAUCGCCUCGCAAAGAGUCGCAUUCGAAAAGAAAGGAUCGCACGCGAACUGUGCACAGCGCUGUCAAACGCUUAAUGCGGGGCUGCACAACUUUAAUGCAUGCAUGCCAACAAGGACACACAGGGACAAUCGUGAAGGAACUAAGGACUAAGCCCGAAGCCGUGUUUUUGCGCGACCGGAGCCGUAAAUCGGUAUUACACUACUGCAGUGGACAACGCGAUCUCGUGGCGGCCGCAAGUAUUGCUGUUGCAGCUCCAGAACUCCUGGAGUCUGCGGAUGAAGAUGGCUUCACCCCACUGCAUCUGGCCGUCAUCCAAGGCAACAUAGCAAUGGUUAAUUUACUGUUGGCGAACAAAGCAGACGUGAAUGCAUUGGAUAAUGAAGGACAUUCGGUCGUGCAUUGGGCUACAGUUUGCGGCGAAGUGGAAGCUUUACGCGCUGUUCUAGCUGCCGGUGCAACAGUUACAACCCCAGAUAUCAACGGCGGAAGUCCACUUCAUUAUGCGGCUCAAAUGUGCGGUGCGAACUAUGAAGGAAAUUUGGGGAAAGCUUCUUCGAAACUCGCUUUAGAAAUUUUAGAUAUUUUGAUUAGUCAUCCGAACUCAUCAGUUGAUGUUGCAGACAAAGAUGGACGCCAACCACUACUAUGGGCUGCCUCGGCGGGAUCUGCAAAAGCAAUAAUCAGUUUAAUAAACGCUGGAGCACGUGUGGAAUGUGCUGAUAAGGAUGGUCUUACAGCAUUACACUGUGCAGCCUCUCGAGGACACACAGAAUGUAUUGACACACUUAUAAGUUUAUGUGGAGCCCCGACAGAUCUUAUAGAUUCCAAUGGUUGUACUGCACUCCAUUACGCUGUAACAUUAGGACAUGCCGAUGCAACAGCUCGUUUGUUGGAACUCGAAGCCGAUCCGAAUCGGCAAGACAGGAAAGGACGCACACCUGCUCAUUGUGGUUGCGCCAAGGGGCAAUUUGAAACAGUUAAACUGCUUAAAGAGAAGGGUGCUAACCUAUGGCUCAGAAAUGCAAAAGGUGAUCUUCCCGUGCAUGAAGCAGCUUCUUCUGGUAGACGGGAGUUGGUGGAGUGGCUUUUGGAGCAAAGGCCGAAGCAUGUCAAUACCACUUGUAACGAUGGAAGAACUUUAUUGCACAUAGCAGCCACUAAUGACUACACUGAUAUGUGUAAAAUGCUACUGGACUUCGGGGCGGAGAUUAAUUGUAUACACCGGAAUUGCAAAGGCCAGGUGUUCACACCAUUAGAUUGUUCACUCCAGAAAGGACAUCGAUCAACUGCUAAAUUCCUGCAGUUAAAUGGAGGCCUUCCGGCUAGCAAACUGCAUUUGUCUGCUCGGCGGCCAAACGCUUUCAAUGAUCAAGAAUUGGUGAAACCUUUGAAAUACGAGAAAAAAGACGUCCAGGAAAUCAAAACAGGCAAGAAGUAUAUCAUAUAUGUUAGGCAAUCAGAUUCUGAGUGUAGCUGCUCAGAAUAUGUUCUCCAUAAGCAACGAAAGCACCAACCACAUGUUUGUCAGGAACAUCGCAAACGGGCACGAAGGAGAACGAGCAGUUGUGGAGAAGCUGAGGAUAUAACAAAAGACGACAGUUGCAGUGAUAUCUGUAGAUCUAAAAGUAAUAUCGAAAUCAGGAGAAAGCGUUCAAAAGAUCGCAGUUGCAGUAGCAGCAGUGAAGAAGAAGACUCUUGCGAGAAUUGCUGCCGUCAUAAAAAAAAGCUUAAGCGAAUCAAAAAGCGCGGAAAAUAUUCCAAAAAGUCGAAGGAGCAUAUAUUUUCCCCAAGAGAUUACAGCAGUAGAGAAGCUUUGGAGAUGGCCAAAUCAGAUGAUGCUCUAUACAAGGAGCAACCAAUAGCAAAGCCGGAAAAGGUGUUAACAUUCACCGUGGGAAAUUUACCGGUGCCCCUCCAGUCUGUUGAAACGGAUAUGCCUGUGCCCGACACGGAAAAUGCAGCUAAACAAUCAGGUCAGAAUGUAGAAAAUGAGGUGGUAAAAGUGACAACUAUAGUCACCGAAGCCGAAAUUCAUGCAGUGAACGAUGCUGAUUUAGCCGCUGAAAAACCAUCGGUAGAAAGUGAGAAACCAGUUUCUAUGGAAGAAAAAGCUGCCAUUCAAGUCGAUUCAAAGCAAGAUUUAGCCGAACAAAUCGAUUUGGUACUGCAAGAUGCUUCCAUCGCCGUUGAUAAAGCAGAGACAACGAUAACUAGUGAAAAAGUAAGUGCAGACCAUGCUGCGGAAGCGUCUGAUGCGGUUGAAAAAGUUGAUGCUGGCGAAACAGCUGAUACUGUCAAAAGUGCUAGUACUGAUGAAGCAACUGAUGUUGCGAAAGCAGCUGAUGCAGUCGAACCCAUACAGCCGGUAGAAAAUAUAGCCAUUGGAGAAAGCUCCGGAAGUGGCCAAGAUGUUAAUGUUCAAGAGAAGAGUAACGAGCCUGAUUCCGUCAUCGCAACGCAUUGCACUUUAGAGACAGAACAAGAAAACAAGCCACCAGUAGAAGAAAAAACUGAUGAAAUGGAACAACAUAGUUUGGUCGAAAAAGACCAAAAGCCGCUAAUUGAAGCUGAAACUACUGAAAAGGAAGUUCCUAUAGAUGACGAAAAAACUGUAGAAGCUGCUGAGGAGCCUGCUUUUCAAGAUACUACACUGCUUCAAGCAUCUGCUGCUGAGACCGUAACUGGAGGAGAAGCUACGUGCCUUGCAGCGGAAACAGUGGAAGCUCCAAGGCAAUCCGUAAACGAGGAUUCCAUGCUGACAUCUGAAAAAAUUGCCGGUAAGCCACAUGAAGAGGCAACUCAAGAUGCAUCUAAAAUUGAACAGCCAGAUCAUUCGCAACCAGCUCAAGAUAAAGAGCACCGUCGGUCUUUCACAGUGAUUUCAUCACCACCACAAGAAGAAAAGUCUCCACGUAAAAGUAGCUUCACUGUUUUGAAGAGUGAUGAAUCUAUUGACGUCGAAGACGCGGUAGCCAGUUUUGAUCAGGAUGAUCAACCUAGUUUUCAGUUUAUAAGCGCAAAAUCACCAAAAGCACAUUCUGACGAUGAAUACACUUCUGACGAAGCUGAAGAAGAAGAGGAUGUCGAUAACAUGACGGCACACAUUAAGAGGGCUGCUGGGGCCACGACUCGUUUUACAAAGCAUGCAGGCGCUGCCUCUUUCCAGGACUUUAAUAACCGCAAACGACGACUAAAAAAGCGCAUUAAGCCUUCGGAGAAGCCUAGGGCGUGGUCCAGCAUUGGAGCUCCUAUACAUCAAGGGAGUAAGGAUCAAGAUUCUGGAUUUGAGCCGAGCCCCCGUACCAUGAAAACGAAGAUUCCGUCCCCAAGAAUCAUUCACACAGCUGUACCGCCUCGGAGGCCCAUUUACGCUACUCUUGACAACAGGUCGUGCAGUAGCCGACUGGAAAAUAGAAAGCUGGGAGACAGGAAUGCAUGCAAUAUGACCGCAGUGACGAAGUCCAUACAAAAGAAUAUGCGGAGAUAUUACAUGGAACGUAAAAUCUUUCAACAUCUCCUCGAGCUUAAAAGCUUGCAAAUCCGGUCGAGCAAACUGAACGAGGCUGUGCUGGUGAAACGAGCGGUAGACGACUACCACAAGUCCUGCAUGGCGUUGGGUGUGGAGACGGGAGGAUCCUUGCGACGCUACCCUUAUACCGAUUACACUUUUAAAAAUUUCGAAAUGUUUCUUUAUGAGACACUCAAGAGUCUACAGAAGAGCGGCUCCAACAAUUUCCAAAACAUUGAGGAAGUCUACCAGGAGGCUGAGAGACGAUUGAGUCCUGACUACAAUACGUAUGAGAAGGCGCUGCAAUGUACGACAAAAACCCAUAGAUGCUUCCAUGCAGCUCAUGCCUACACUGGAAUUCCUUGUGCUGCUUAUAUUCCAUUUAUCAAUCAUCAUACAAUACCGAAAUUCGGAUUCGGUCCAUACAAGAAAACCGGAAUUGGAAGUUUCUAUUUGCCAAAAAUCUUGACAGGACAUGCGAAAGGUGGAAGCAAAGUAUCUCUAGAGCUGUCCCACGGGCGGAGCAAACAGCUCAUACCACUGCCAUCUGAAAAACUAGAUAGUAAUAAGCGAUAUUACGUGACAUUUACGGUUAAGGGCUCGGAAGCGGGCGAGAAAGGACUCCGACAGACUACUGAGAACGUCGCUGCUGCUGAUGGUGGUGCGAAGGAAUAGAUGAUUUUGUUUAGCGUGUACGGAGACUAAGGAGCGUAUCUUCGUCGACCCGGAAGUGUUUUUCUUGUGAAAACGAGGAAUUGUCGAAUGUGUUCAAUUCUACAAUUGUAGUUGAAAUAAUUUACCGAGAAAAAUCUCCUUCUCGGUUAUUCUAAGUCUUUCAAUGUAGCGUGAGAUUUAUGCACUUAACAAGCUGUUACUAUUUUAAUGCAAACCCCAUCUGUUUCCAUUGCAUUCUUAAUUAUCUUUUGAGUGUGUAUCGAUUCAAAGCAACAAAUAUGCAGAAAACUCCAUGACCCGGAACCUCCAAGAUUCAACAAAUAUUCUACAACGAUAUUUAUUCCAUAGUCUUCCAUUGAUGUUUGCAAAGUAUAGUCCUGGUACAUAUGUGCAACCUUUUGAACGCGGAAUAAAUAGCUGUGCGAGGUCAUCAGUAAAAGGGAGUCAGCAAUUUUUAUUCAUUGCGGUUUCACGUAUUUAUAUAAAUUCUGUAAUGGAUACUGUAAUUAAUUGCGUAAAUAUUUACCCUGUUGGCUGCCGCAGGCUCGUUCACUUGUUUCGUUUAAUAUUCGGUUGAAACUUUAUUUAAAAUUUAAAUCUUUUGGAAUCGAUUACAAUGAAGGCAUGGCCUCUGCAAAUAUGUUUUCAUCAAACCAAGGUUUUGAUUUCUACCUAGUUGGAUUAAGAGGUUUAAUUUUCCUUUUGGAAAAAACCAAAAUGAACAGACGUGAAAGAAGGAUUAAAGUAAAAUGUCCUGCAAAACACUUUAGGCAUUUGUGUACCUCUCAACACGCGAAUAACAAAUUACAUUUUAAUGAGCCGAGUUUCGAUCGAUGCAUAUUUUUUAGUUUUUAUAUUAUUUUGUAAUUAACAAAAAAAUGGUUUUUAAUUUUCAUUAAUUUUUGUUGAAAAGAAAAGCAUAUUUGGGUGCUUUUUUGUAGGAAGGUUUAUUUUUGUGUCAUAUUUCAAUUUCUGACCUUUUUUAACUAAACAGUAGAGUUACUAAAUGCAAGGCACCUUCAAGUCAUGGAAAGAAACACAUCUACAACUAGUAGUUAGUUAAACAAAAAUAAGUUACUCAAAAUUGAACCAAGGACAAAAUAAAAAUGUACACAG